AUGCCUCAACCCCUCGAGCUCUCAAAUCCAAUGUCGCUGGGCUUCUCGGUCGGCGAUUUCCUCGCCGUCUCCAAGCUGAUCAAGGACAUAUCCGACUGCAUUCGCCAUGGCUCGACCACAUCAUACCAAGCCCUUGAUGUCGAAUUGCACUCUCUGAAGCGGGCUCUCGACGAGAUUGAACGCCUUCAAUGCCCCCCCGGUCAAGAGGCCGACGUGAACAAGGUCAAGGUGGUGGCUUUGAACUGCCGACCGCCGCUGGAUCAGUUCGCCGCGAAGCUAAAAGCGUAUGGCAUCCUCGGCCAUCAACCCCAAGGAAAGCCAACCCCGAAGUCUGGCCUAGAGAAGCUCGCAAAAAAGGUGCAAUGGCGUGUAGAGAUGGAGGAGCACGCGGUGAGAUUGCGCGCAUCCAUUGUCGCGCACGUCGGCUUCUUAGCCGUGCGACUGAACCUGAUCGGACUGAGAUGGACGAGCACCAGAGCGCUCUUCGAUCGCGAAUUGACCAAGUCCGGGAAGACGUCCUUGCAUCAGAGCGAAAGCAAGCAGCUCAAGGAUCGCUUGUCCAGGCAACAUCUGCCCUCAUCCUUCAGCAAAUAUCCGAACUUGCAUCUGCAUGCAUUGGGGUGCGGCUUGAAUCCCUCGUGGACCUUGCAAAGAAUAUCUGGCAGUCAAAUCUCAGAAUCAUUGCCAUGGUAUCUGAAAUACAUGGCCGCUUGCCCAGACCGAACACUUCGUACACGUGGUUUCAAGACCCGAUCCGGUUCGAAGACGCCCUGGGGCACGUAUUCCCCAUUCCUUCCGAGUACAGCUGGAGUACGAUUCAUGCCAUCAUUCGCGACCGGUUUGCGACAGGCCCGGGCUGCCAGAAGGUGA